AUGACACCCGAGCAAUUCAAAUCGAUCUGGGAUAGAAUCUUCACCGGAAACCCAAGCGAAGCUCGUUCAUUCUGUGAAGAAGUACUCAACCCCAACUAUGUUCGCUUGGAAGCUGGUAGCGACCGAACGGACUUUGAGCGCGCCGUUGAGAAAAUUACUUUCUUCCGCCAAAACUGCACGAAGAUCAACAGUUCCUUGUUAUUUUUCGCUUGCGACAACAAGAAAAUUGCUGCACGGCUGAUUUUUGAUUUGGCAAUGGGUGAUGAAGAGGAGAAGAAGCUGGAGGUCAUGAUUAUGGUGGAGCUUGACGACGAGGAGAAGUGGGUGGCUGCUUGGGAGCUUAUCACUCCGUAUUUGGGUUGA